UGCCGGCCAAGUGAAAGUUUGCAACCAUUUGUAACUUGUAUGUGAAUACAUAUAUCUUUUCUUAUUGCUAAGAUGAUCCAAACGAGUAAUAAAUUUUCUGUAAAAAAUGUUCAAAGAUCUCUAAUUCAAUCUUUGAAACUAUAUAUAUAUAUAUUGAUUAUUCAAGUGACACAAGUUUUUUACAACGUUAAUUUAAAUACAGAGGUUAUGAUAAUGUGAAUCGAUAAGGCUAAAGUUUGCAAGUUUCCUUUGUGUAAACACAUUUUUAUGUGUUUUCUAACUCUACCAUUGUGAUAUUCUUUUCGUUUAGUACUAGUACAAUACUCCAAAACUUCAAUGAGGCAGAUGCACAAAUUUAAGUUCUAACGCUUAUAAAAGAAGAUAGUUUGUUUCAAGGCAAGGUCUUGUAUUUAACAAGAAAAAUGGAGAUACAAGAAAGAUUUGCUAAGAAAAGAUCUUUUAUGAGUAUCAUACGUCACAUACCAAAACGUAUAUCAGAAGGAGUAGAGCGGUUUUUUUAUGCGUUGGGAUUGAGAAUAGCUUUACAACCACAGAGAUGGUUGAUAGGAAGCGUUAUAAUUAUUAUGUUUUGUCUUAGCGGAUUGUAUUGGUUUCGACAAGAAAAGAAUCCGUUGAAACUUUGGAUUCCCCCCGACUCUGAUUUUGUUCACGACACAGAUUGGUUUCUAUCAAACUUUGGAGAGGGACAAAGAGUGCAGAAUGUAAUUUUAACAGGAGACGAUAUCUUGCAGGCAGAGAUACUCGCUAAG